UGUACUGCUUUUGGCAUGAGGGGGCCAUUUGCCCCGUGCUUCAAAAUAUUAUCUGCAUGUAUAUUGUAUGUAGCUGUAUAUUUGGAGCUGACGGUCGCUAGUCGGUCCUUAAUUCUAAAAUGAAUACAUCCAAUCAUACAAAAUAACUAAAUUUACAAUUGAAACACAUACAACUGGUAAUAAUUUAUUAUCAUGAUUGAAAAUAGAUAGGUAUGCAAAAUUUCACGUACGAUGUUUCGAAACACAUUGAUAAAAGAUAAUAUAUUUAGAUUGGUAAUCGAAAUUUUCGCAACAAUUGGUUGGAGAUAUGAUGUAAUGGUUCAAUGUUAUGUGAAUAUAAAUGCCGUAUAUAAAUAAACUCAUUGUAGUUUCCAAUAAAAAAAACAGAUUAUUUGAAUUUACGCCUCGCAUCAAAAUGUUAGAAAAAAUUGUAUUAAUUUAUUUCGCCCGCUUACUUUCAGUGGAGGAAAUUUGUGGACAAAAUAUAGGUACGGGAACAAAUGCAGACGAGGUCAUCAUGAAUAAUCCCACAACAAAUUCCUUAGCCCUAAACGUGGUUGGUCCCAACACAAUUUCUGCUAACCCAGCACAAGCUAAUGGCAAUAUCGAGCCUAUGGGAUUCCCUAAUAUAAUGGCUAACGGCCCAGCUAUUCUAGAACCAAUAGCUGCUAGUUUAGCUAGCGAAGGGAAUGCAGAAGAUUUUAUGAGAUCAGCAAGAGGGGCACUGAUUAGUGGUUUCGGCAAUCCUGGUCAUGCUACAGUUGGCUUUGUUGGAAGUCCUGUGCCUGCAGGUUCUUAUACUUUAGAAAUACCGGGAAAGGCCGAUGGCGUAAUAUUAGGACCGGGCAUUGGAGAUACUAUUGGCCGUCUUACUCAACCAAACAGAGAAUUCAUAACUGACCGACCGAUACCAGAAAUAAUGAGAGUACCGAUGCCGCCAGGAGCAAUUAUUAGCGGACUAGCUGACGCAACAGUCUCAGCAAAUGGUAUUAACACUAUUAACAUCGAUCAUAAUAUUGUUAAUGGACCUUUAACGAACCCUGUUCUAGGAGAAUUUAGCCAAGUUGUCAUUCCUAAUGGUUUAAUAAAUCCAAACGGCAUAGCAGCGACUGUUAAUAGUCUACAAAACUCUGCCUUUAUACCAGGGGUUCCUACUGACCCAAAAGCUUCGACUUUUGCUAGUCCAGUUUUUCCAAAUGGCCUGACUCCACACGGAAUGGCAACACCAACAAAAACUUUUCCGGCUACAUUUCCUGGACACAAUUUAGCUGUUUCAAAACAAAUUCUUGCCUCUUUAACUGGAAUUGAUCCAUCGAGUCUCGGAGCUAAAACUAGAUUUAAAGUGACGAGCGCAUCUCCUAUUGCUCCUACAGGGUUGAAGAUACAAGCCGAAAAUUUGUUAAUGGAAGGGAAAUUAAAGGUUUCUGGAAAUUUGCCAUUCUUAGGGUCAGUAACUGUUGAUGGCGUAUUGCCAGAUGGUGGUAAAGGCACGGUAAUAUAUGAAUCUGGAAACGGUAAUAUUGGCAUAGUGAAUGAAGGGUUUGCUCCAAUGGUCGUGGGGCCAAUGACAACUGGGUUGAGUUUAAAUCCUAUUGUUCCCAAUGGCUCGUCAAAUGUUGCUACUAAUCGAUUAGGUUUAAGAAAUAAUUUAUUCUAAUGUAAUGUAUUUUUAUUUAAAUAAAUAUUUAUUGUUCCAUGCUUUGUUUAUAUUAUUAGAAGCACGGAGCAAGCAA